UAAAUUAAAUUAAAACAAAUAAACGCCCCCGGCUCAGCGGCCGGAGAGAAGCCGCCCCCCCCCCCUCCCCUCUCCUCCAUCCCCGCUGGAGUGUGGCCCAUGAGGAGGGAAACAGCCCCGCUCGGCGCCCAUGCCCAGCUCCCGGGAGGACGGAUGCGGCCCGAGCGCCGACCCCUGCGUCCCCGGGCCUGACUCCCGUCCGACCUCGGCGGCGGCGGUGGUGCCGCCGGCGGGCUUGGCUCCGGCCUCUAGCCGCCCCGGGCCUCCCCCGUCCGGCUGCUGAUCUCGGUCUCCGACUCUCUCUCUCUCUCUCUCAGUCUCUGUCUCUCUCUCUCCUCCUGGUCGCCGGAUUACUGAGAGGUGGGUGGCCCGCUCCGCCCGCCCCGGCCCCAGGUCCAUGGCUUUCAUCAUGAAGAAGAAGAAGUUCAAGUUCCAGACGCUCUUCAGCCUGGAGGAGCUGGCCGCCGUCCCCUUCGUCAACGGGGUGCUCUUCUGCAAAAUCCGCCUCUUGGACGGAGGGGACUUCACCCAACUCUCGACCAGAGAGGAAGUUCAGGAGAAUUGUGUUCGUUGGAAGAAGAAAUUUAAUUUCAUCUGCAAGAUGAGUGCAAAUCCCGCAACUGGUGUACUAGAUCCGUGUAUCUGCAGAGUAUCUGUACGUAAGGAACUGAAAGGCGGAAAGACAUUCUCUAAGCUUGGGUUCGCUGACCUCAACCUAGCGGAGUUUGCAGGUUCAGGCUCCACUGCACGCUGCUGUUUAUUGGAGGGUUAUGACACAAAGAAUACUCGUCAGGACAACUCUAUCCUUAAGGUCACCAUAGGCAUGCAACUGUUGUCAGGAGACCCAUGUUUCAAAACGCCUGCAUGUACUGCCAAGUCUAUCGCAAUCCCAGGCCAAGAUAGCUCCUUGCAGCUGGACUGUAAGGGGGAUGGGACCACAGGCAAAAAUGUUGCCUCCGGUGGCUUGCAUUCAGUGAGGCAGCCAAAACCUCGGCCUCCACUCAGUUCAGGCCUGACCGAAGAUGCAGAUCAGACCCCGUCCAGCCCAGAUGAAGUGUUUCAAACUGGUCAUUCUCGGAAUUCCAGCUAUGCCAGUCAGCAUUCUAAAGUGUCAGGUUACAGCACAGAGCACUCACGGUCCUCUAGUCUUUCGGACCUAACUCACCGGCGUAACACAUCCAGUAGCAGCAGUGCCUCUGGAGGGCUCAGCAUAACCGUUGAGAGCACAGAAGGGGAGAAGGAACAAAAAGUGGAGAAACCACCCCGGCCCCCGAGGCCAGCACUUCCACCUGACAGGCCAUCCAGGUACACAGCUGUUCUCUUUAAAAGAGGUAGUUCCCUAUCUCUGGAUAGUGCACAUCCUGAUAGCAGGACCCAUAGAAGGCGGAAGAAGGAAACUGUGGAGAGUCAACCCACUUGGGUCGAUGACACCAGGAUUGAUGCAGAUGACAUUGUGGAAAAAAUCGUGCAGAGUCAAGAUUUCACAGAUGUCAGUAAUGCUGAAGACAGUAAUUUAAGGCUGUUUGUGAGCAGAGAUGGAACAACAGCACUCAGUGGCAUUCAGCUGGGAAACAGGGUAUCUGCAGGUGUCUUUGAGCCUGUUGUUAUUGAGAGCCGCUGAGAAGCUUGUGAGCCCCUCUGCACCUACUUAACCACUUUCCAUUUGAGCUCCUUGCCUACUGCACAUCUAGUCUUAUUCAUCAGGUCAUGCUGCCCACCAGCCCAGCUGGACUGAAGGAGGAGGGUGGCCAUUUCUAUCCAACAACCCCAAGAAGUGGCCGACGUUGAUUCUGACCGCAUUGGAGUAAUUGAGUGGGACACAAGUCCCUAAAAAAGGAUCUUCAUUCCUUUGUCACAAAAUCUUCUGAACCAGUACAGCUUUUGGGACUUAAUUUGAAAAAUAAUUUUCUUGACUUUAAAAUGUUUCCAAAACCUUUUCGAAAUGCAACAAUUAAAUACCAAAACUAUUUGGCUGUGAGUUUGUUAAAAAGGUGACAGUUUUUCCUUGAGAUGUUGUGGCAGUGUUAUUUCAUGGUAAAACCAGAGCGCACAUAAAAACUGUUUUCUCCCCAUUCCUCAGCCAUUUACAGACCAGGGCUAAGGACUGCACUGCACACCACCAUGUGAAUCUUUGACUGCUGCAUAAAGAAAAAAUUACUUUUAAAUGCUUUUAAAGAUUUUAUUGUGUUUAGCCCCAAAUAUUUAAGCUGCCAUGUGUGUGCAGAGAACAGUUUGUUUUACACAACCAAAAUUGAUUGUGGUUUUGGUCAUUAGUUUUUCAUUUAAUUUUAAACAUUAAUUGCCAUCAAGAAAAGGACGGGCCAUUAUGUUUUCACAGUAAAACACGAUGACCCAAUUCCAAAUCAAUGAAUCAACUAUGACGCCAUCAGUGGACACAUCAAAUACGGUGAUGUCUUGUACAGAGUAUUUGUGUACCUGUGGGGUGUUGUAUUUCUCCUGAAAUGAAGUAAUAGGACUUUUUUUUCCUUUGUCUAGUUAUGACAUUAUUCAUGUUUUCUGAUGCUUCCUACGCAAGUCAGGGACUCGACAGUUUCAUGUAUGUCAAUGUUCCUUUAAUAAUGAAUGUUACGGGAGCACAUUUCUUUAUAGGCAGGGAGCAGGUUCACUCAUUUUUUUUAAAAAAAUCACUUUUUAAAAUCUGUGCUUCAGAAGAAAAAUCCAAUGUGUUUUACCAUGCACUAUCUGAACACUUACUAAAAAGGCUGGCUUUAAAUGCUCAAGAAAAAUAUUAAAGUCAAGUGGCAUGCUGUUGCAAUAACAGUAACCUAGUCAGAAAUUAUUCUGAAGAAAAGUACAUUCUGUGUGCUCUACUACCUACUUGCAGAGACUAGUGAUGCACCACUGAACCAGGCAAUAGAUGACUAUUAAUACCUUUUAAUUGUUACCCAACUGUUCAGAACAGGGGUGGGCAAGUCUUGCCUUUGCAGAAUUGCUGAUGUUUCCUUGCAGCUGAAUUAUAUUUCAAGUGCAGGCAGCUGAUUCUAAAACUGGAAUUUGUCUCAAAGUCCAUUGGCAAGUGGCCUUUAAUAGAGGCCUUUCUUGCUUUGAAACAAGGUUCCUGUAAACCUUCAGGGCUGGAAUUGUUUUUUUUUUCCCUGAAUUGUUUCUGGAACAGCGGAGCAGAACCUACUGCCCCAUUGAUCUGAGGGAUGUGUUUAAAGAAGUGCCACAGAUUUCUGCUACACAACAUUAAUAGCUGACUCUUUUUUUCAGCAAUACUAUGCUAUUGCAACGCUCAGCUGUUGAAAUAUCCAACAAUGAAAAUUGAGCACUCCAUGGUUUUUGCUGGCCUUUCAGGCUGCAAGUGUAUAAUCUGAUGGUCCAGAUCUUCGACUUUUCAGUCCUGAGUCAGUAUGUUGUGAGCAAUAUCUGUCACCUCUAAUGGAACAAAUGAUGCCUAGAAGCUGUAGCUCUUUAAUGAUGUCAUUUUCCUGUUCCUGUCUGAAUGUCCUGGCGUUGGGUUAGCUAUGCACUUUGAAGACUUAUACAUUUCCUACACUAUUCUUAUCGUCUUGCUUAUUGCAUGCCACCUGUGAAUAUUGUGCCUCAGUUUGACGUAUUGUGAACGGUUAACUUGUCCACUAUCCGUAUCUGUGGUAUAUUAGGCCUAAAAUACAAUGGCUGUGAUGAAUCUUA